UUCUUCUUACAAGAUGCGUCAAGUGACGUGGCAGCCGAAUCUGCUUCAAGAAAACGUGAAAGUAAAAUAAGAAAUGCUUUAACUAGAAACUGUCCAAAGGAGUCCAUGUAGUUCGAUCGGUGGCAUCCACCAUGGCUUACGAACAAAGACCCCGUCAUUCUCCUUCCCAGCCGGAUAAUUUAACAGACUCAACAAAAAGGAAUCUAAACCCCUGGCAGGAUAAGAGCACCAACAACUACAUAGGUGGUUACCAUGGCAAUACYGCAUACCAGGAGCCACCUGUAUCUCCACAGUUGGACCCUAUGCUUCAAGAAGUUGAUGAUGGUUGGUCAGAAUGGCCAGAUUGGGGUGUAGAAAGUUCAGAAGAUUGCAUGUCCAAUGGUUUUUCUAAUGGUUUUAAUGGUCAAUCUUCUUACUCACAACAACAACGACACCAGAUAACUACUUCACAACCUCAACCACAGAAUUUUGGUCACUUUUUUGACCAGUUUGCAACUCAAAAUCAACAACCAAUAACACAACCAAAAGUAGAAAGUGCUUCACUGAAUUCAUUUUUCGACAACGCACAAGUGAACAACUCGUCUGCCAGUACUCCAGGAAACACUGCACAUUUGUUUCCACAAGAAUCGAUGGCAGCCGAGUCAGCUUCCGUGAGAACUGGUGUUUCAUAUGCUGCUGCACUGAGUGGAAAUGCUGAAGCUCCAGAACAGAACAAUGGAGAAUUUGAUGAUAUUAGCUUGAAUGAUAACGGAGAAACAGGCUUCAAUAAAGAAGCAACCUCCACACAGCCAGAACCUGCAUUCCCUGCUGCUUCAUUCUCAACAUUCCCUACGCCAAAGUCAGCUGCACAUUUGUUUUCAAAACCAACUGUCAGUGAUACUUCUCAUAAGGAUCUCUUUGGAAGUGCAGCAGAACCUUCACUAGAAAAUGACAAUGAUUUUGGAGAUGAAAGGUCUUCUUGUGUCCCGGAACAACAACAGAGGGUUAAUGUAAGUCCCUCUUAUGUAGAGGAAUCAUUUGGUUAUCAUCAUCCAACUCCUGCAACAGAAGAGCAAGGACUACCUAAAAUGCCUUCAAUGGAAUCUGAAGAGCCAAUUGAUAAUACCUUUGAAGUCCACAGAACACCUUCUGAGAAAAUUCCCCAUGAAAAUAUUGAAGAUUUGUUUGCUUCCAAUCAGCCAUUUUCUUAUCCGACUCAGAAGAAAAAGCAGCCAGAAAUGCUCUUACAGAAAACUGAAGAAGCGCCUGAUAAUGCUUUUGUGGUCAACAGCAAAUCGUCGAAUCAAAUUGCUUCUCCAAACAUUGAAGACUCCUUUACUUCCAAUCAGCCAUUUUCUUAUCCGACUCAGAAGAAAAAGCAGCCAGAAAUGCUCUUACAGAAAACUGAAGAAGCGCCUGAUAAUGCUUUUGAGGUUGACAGCAAAUCAUCAAAUCAAAUUGCUUCUCCAAACAUUGAAGACUCUUUUGCCUCUAAUCAGCCAUUUUCUUAUCCAACUCAGGAGCAAAGAGAGCCAGAAAUGCCUUUACAGAAAGCUGAAGAUACAAAUGAUAAUGCUUUUGAGGUCCUCAGCAAACCGUCAAAUGAAAUUGUUUUUCCAAACAUCGAAGAUUCUUUUGCCUCCAAUCAGCCAUUUUCUUAUCCAACUCAGGAGCAAAGAGAGCCAGAAAUGCCUUUACAGAAAACUGAAGAGGCAAAUGAUAAUGCUUUUGAGGGCAAAACACAAAAGCCUAAUGCUUCCAAUCAACCAAUUUCUUUUCCACCUCAGGAGCAAAAGCUGACAGAAUGGCCUUUGGGACAAAGUGGAGAAACAACAGAUAAUACCUUUGGUGUUCACAAAGUCCCAUCUGAGGAGAGUUCCCAUUCUAACGUGGAAGAUUCAUUUGCCACUCAUCAACCAUUUCCAUUCCCAGGUCAGGAGCAAAUGCAGCCUCAAACAACCGUACAAGAAUCUGAUGGGGCAGCUAAUGUCCAUGAGGAUCUCCAGCCAGAAAGAUCACGGGAAGGUUUCUUUGCCCCUGAAACUCCUUCUGGAAUUGCUGGUUCCUUUGGUAUUGUUGAAGGUACUUUGGGUCAAACUGUUGAACAGCCUAAUCAAGUUGUCCCUGACAUUGAAGACCCAUUUGCUGUUAGUCAUCCAACUGUUGCUAUGGAAGACCAGACUCCACCAGAAGAUUAUUCACAGGAAACUGAAUAUGUAGAUAAUAUUCAAAGUUGUUUUGGAGUGGAAAAUUUUUCCCAUGAUGAACACCAUGAGCCAACAGUACCUGGGGAUGCUCUGAAUCAAAUAGCUUGGGAACAGGAUGGUCCUUUUAAGCAUGCACCAGAGGAGCCCUUGCAAGUUGGCCAACAAGAUCACAUGGCUUCAAGGGACACCAAUCCUCAUGUCACUUGGCAGCAGAUUGAUGCUGCUCAAACCACGCCUUUUAGCCAGACUAGUGACAUGGUAACAGACUUGGAACCAAGUAUUUCCAUGCCGGAGGAUUCACCGGAUACUUCAGAAAGUGACUCCUCGUCGUCCRCCCAAGACACCUGUAGCAACUCUGAUCAAAGUCAGAUUGAAACUGCUGCCUGGAGGGAGGAAGAGGCUACUUCAUAUGAUGCAUACAGCCAACCACCACCACAAACAUAUAUGCCUCAACCAUCUCCCAAGGAUAAAAUGGAGGAGGAAGUUCCAAAAGGAGACACCUAUGAACAUAAACAAUCUGCACAUGUAGGAAAUGUUGUCCCAUCGCCAAACAUCAUGAUGAUUAAUGGCAAAAUCAUAGCAGAAGGCCCAAAGGAAGUUGCCCAACAACAAUUCCAGCCUGCUCCACCACCAACAAAUAUUGGACAGCCUGAUAAAGUAGAUGGCAGGAUUCCAGGCAAUGACUUUUUUCACCAUGAACAAUCUGCUCCACCAACAGAUGCUGUACCACCACCUCCAUUGGAUGUUGGUAAAAAGGAAGGCAAUGUUUCAAAGUCAGGUAGCCAUAUGUUCUUCCAGACAGGUCCAAAUAUGGUACAACCAUAUGGUAAAAUGGAAGAGGAUGUUAUCAAGACAAGUGCUCAGACUUAUUUUCAACCUGGUCCACCACCAACAAAUAUGGUGCAACCACCUCCUAUGACUGGAAAUAAAACUGAGGAAAAUGUUCCAAACACCGGUGCCCAAAAGUAUUUUCAUCCUGGCCCACCACCUACAGACAUGGUACAACCACCUCCUGUUGGUAAAAUAGAAGAGGAUGCUACCAAGACAAGUGCUCAGACUUAUUUUCAACCUGGUCCACCACCAACAAAUGUGGUGCAACCAACUCCCAUGACUGGAAAUAAAACUGAGGAAAAUGUCCCAAACACAGGUGCCCAAAAGUAUUUUCAUCCUGGUCCACCACCUACUGACAUGGUACAACCACCUCCCAUGAGUGUUGGUAAAGAUACUGCAAAGAAAGGUGCCCCAGAUUAUUUCAAGCCUGGCCCACCACCAACAAAUAUGGUGCAACCACCUCCCAUGAGUGUCGGAAAAGAUGUUGCAAAGACUGGUGCUCGGGGUUAUUUUAAGCCUGGCCCACCACCAACAAAUAUGGUGCAACCACCUCCCAUGACUGGAAAUAAGAUGGAGAAAAAUGACGAAAAAUACUUCCAGCCUGGCCCACCAACACACAUGGUUGCUGCUAAAAAGGAAGAUGUUUCAAAGACAGGAGGUCAUGAAUACUUUCAGCCUGGCCCACCACCAACAAGUAUUGGGCAGCCACCUCCAACCACUGCUGGUAAAAUGGAGGCCAAUAUUCCCAAGAGUCAAUUCUUCAAGCACGAGCAAACUGCACCUCCAACACAUACUAUUCCACAACCUUCACUGGGUGUUGGUAAGAAGAAGGAACUUAUCCAACCACCCCAAACAAAUAUCAUGCCACCUUCUGUGGUUGAUGGCUUGAAGAAACCACUCCAUGAGCACRACCAGCCUGCUCCACCAGUGAGCACUGCAGCACCUGUACCCAUGUUUCCUAAAGCAGCUCAGAUGGAACACAAUGCUAGACCUGCAAAGACAUCAACUCCUGAACCACCAAUUCCUCCAGAAAGUGGGCCAAUGGCAUUGACUAAAAGACCCACAAGAGAAGAAAAAUCAAGGACUCCAGUAUCUAUGUCUUCUUCAUUAUGGUCCACUAAUAUACCUGCGGCAAUGUCUCCAGGUUUCCUGCUUGCUCCAGCAUUACAGCAAUCUCCCAAGCCAGCUGUGCCUUCACCAGCUACUCCUGAAGCUCUUCAACUGAAGCAGGAUAUGAGUUACCCACAAUCAUUGCCAUCAGAUCAAGAAACCAAGGAUGAAUCAUUGGCUACAUUAUCCAAGAAAGAAAGGAAAGCUGAAAAGAAGCGACUGAAAGCUCUGAAAAAAGAGCAAAAGAAAAUGAGACAAGAAACUGCAGAGAAUCUAUCUACAAGUACUAUUCUACCAUCCUCUAGUGCACCAGAACAUGUCCAAUCAUCACUCCAUAAUCACCCCACAAUUCCUCUAAAAGACCUGACUAGUUUAGGUGCUCUACCAACUGAGAACACUGUGCAUGGUUUUGAGGAAUCUGGUCAUCAUGGAUUAGAGAGGGAACAUCAUGAGAAACAUAGUGGAGAUGAUUUUGGGGUUCAACAUAAGGAGGUUGGUAAUCCACAUGUCGGAGAUCAUGGCACCCCUAAGGAAUCAGUUCAUCAUCCCUCUAGAGAGACUGAAUAUCAUGGAAAAUUUCUUGGAAGUGAUGGACGUGGGGUUGGUAAUCCACACAGAGGGGAGCACAAAUCCCGCUAUGGAGAAGAACAUGUUGAGGAAAGGAGACUUUCAAGACACAGGGAUGUUGAGGAUGAGAGGCAGCAUUAUAGUAAUCCUAGAGUGCGGGAACUAAGAGAAGAAAGUCCAUCUCGAGUGCCACAUGAACACUUGGAGCACCAAGAUUACUCUCGUAGACACAACGAACAUGAUUCAUACCGUGAACAUUAUUCAGCGUCACAUGCUCUGAUAACAAGCCAUGAGGAUUUUGAGGAAAAGAGCUUCAGAGGACAUGAUGACUAUAAUGAUUAUCGGCACAACACCUCUAGGGAAAAUGACGAUUAUCAUCAUCCACAUUAUGGUUCAGAACAUGACGAGAGACUUGAUAGAGAUUAUAGAUAUACUCGUGAUAGAAGAGAUGCCCAAGGGUACAGAAAUAUUGAUUUUUAUGAUAAGUAUGAGAGAGGUCAACGCAGGACCGACGACUAUGAUUACUAUUCAUCACGGAAGUCCCUGGAUCACUCAUACUUGGAUCGCAGUUUUGAUAGUCAAUAUGAUCAUCGAAGACCUGAGCGCUCCUCACGAAAUGAACUAGAUUCAUACCGAAAUGAUUAUUAUAGAGACAGUGCUGAUAGAGGAAUCUUUAAGCCAAUAGGUGACCAGCAUUAUGGUGAAUAUAAAGAGCCUCAUAGAUCGAUUACGCCGUCAUCAGGUUCAGGGCGCAGUACACCUGCGGGUUAUAAUUACAGUCACGAUCCUUACUAUGGAUAUCAACAACAACCUCAUCCCUAUCCUGGUUACGAACAUCAUUAUGGAUAUUAUCCAGGGCCGUACGGCAUGCCCUAUCAUUAUCCUCCUGCUCCAGGUUAUUAUCCUGGGUAUGGACCAUACUAUGAUUAUUAUCAACAGUAUGGCACUUUCGGCUCAGGGCAUGGUAGUCAGUACUCUAGUGGAGAGGGGAGCUACCAUGACAAUCAGGCGAAGGAAGGGCAACAGGCCGAGGAAUCUGUAAUUGAAAAAGAUCAAGAAGAGGGUGAGGUACAAGAGGUUGUACCCCUGAGAACCACACCCUUACAUUUCUCACGCCCCCACAUGACGUGUCAAUUUGGUCCUGCUGGGAAACUGUUGGUGACUUUACCGCACCACCCUGAUGAUGGCCAGAAACCACUGGUGGAGAUAGCUACACUAAAGGCUAUCUUUAGUAUAAAAGAGCAGGAACAAAUUGAAGCCUUCCCUGGUCCAUUGUCAUGCCGUGACACAAUGAAGAGACAAGUCAUUGAAUAUGUUCAAUCCAAAGCUGAUGAGGUUCAGCAGUCAUCAACAGACCUGGCCAGUCAGCAGGCUAGAUGGGUCCUAUGGAAGUUCUUACUGUCUCUGAUAAAGCAUAACGGGGUUUUUUAUGACUCUUGAAGAAAAUGAUCCUCUGAAAACAGUGUAUGAACAUCUUGGUGGAAAAGUGCCUCAUGCUAUCAAGCAUCAUACAAACUGGGCUUCAAAUCUUGCUGGGAUCAUAGCAAAUCCAACCUCAUUUCCUGAGAAGGACAAAGAGAACAUCAUCACACUUGGUGAUACCUUAGGAAAACAUCCUGAUUGUCUACUGGCAUCUCAUCUCUGCUACCUGCUGGCUGGUCUGAGACCAGGAAUGCCUAAAACAAACUCCAAGAUGGUGUUGAUUGGGUGUGAGAACAGGUCUAAAAAAUAUCACAAGUUGGAAUCUCUUGAAGCUUUACAGCUAACUGAGUUAUUCGAAUAUGCAAGUAGCCUGGAAAACUCAGAGUUCUACUUGCCUGGUCUGCAGAUGUUCAGGUACUUCUAUGCUACCAAGCUUAUAGAUGCUGGAUACCACAAAAAGGCCCUGGAUUAUCUGCAGUGUGUUGGAGAUCUGAUGAUGAAGCAUCCUCACUCCUUCAAUGAAACAAUGAAGAAAAAUGUCUACAGGACAACCGAACAGUUGGUAGGAUACAUGGAACAGUCUGGUACAAAUGUGGAGUCGUUCGUUCAGUCUUGGCUAAAGAAAUUCAACAAUGUGAUGGAAGGAAAAGAUAGCGGAAUUUCACUUCCACAAGAUUCUGAAACAGAAGAAGAUGAAGAAGACUCCAUGGCACAAAGCAUGUCAUACUUCAGUGGCUACGAACAGCCACCAACACAAGAGGAAAAAUCAUCUCCAGAAUCAAUCCCCUACACUCACAACACUGUGUCUCGCCAGGCCAGUCUACAGUCAACACACUCAGUACCAUCUGUCCACUCGCUACAAACUCUAGAUCUGUCUCAGCCAAUGCCAUCUGAUAUAUACCAGCCCCAUGAACCUAUCGAGCACAAGGAGUCAUUCUCAAGUCAAGGAUAUCAGGACCAGAAUGAUGGCCCUGUUGGUCAAGUGUAUGAGACAAGGCAGCGAACUGAGAGUAUUGAUACAUGGCAACAACCACAGCAACAUCUUGGGAAUGAUAUGUGGAUGCCUGGUGUACAACAGAAUAAUAGUUGGAUGCCUACCGCUAGUGCAGAGGAAAUAGGACGUGGAACAUCACCAGAAGAUGGCCAAACAACACCUGUGAAUGAUGCUCAAUCAUUUGAAGAGUUUUAUCAUCAAGCAAACCCCAUGAUGGGCAGGGGAGUCAACUGGGAAGAUGAUAGUGCAAAAACUCCAACAUUAGCACCUUCUGAUUCUUCGUUACCCAGCAAGGAUGCAUCAGAAUCUCAUGUCAAUAAAGAAAAGAAUGACACUAAAGCUGCUAAUAAAAAUAAAUCAGCGCAAAGCUCAGGGUUUUGGACUGGAAUAACAGGUUUGGUAAAAACUUUAAUUCCAAAAGGACCCAAAGAAGUGCAUUUACCAGAUGAUAAAGAAAAACCAAUCUAUUUUGAUAAAGAGCUCAACAAAUGGAUCAACAAAGAUGAAAAUGAAGAGGAUAGAGCUCCUCCUCCACCACCCCCAACAGAUGCAAUGAUCGGGGGAAUGAGUGGAAAUCCUUCUUUUGGUCCCCCUUCUCUUGGAACCCCUUCUCUUGGACCACGCCCUGGAGGUAAUCCAAUGACAGGAACACCACAAGGCAUGAUGCCUUCAAACCCUAUAAUGCCGCAACCUGGAACAAUGAACACCCAGGCUGAAUCUGUACCAGACAAUAGUCGUGGUGGACCUGGUUCUCCUGGUGGGCCAGAAUCUACUGGUAACAACCAACAGCCACUUCCUGGAAUGCAGACCCCUGGGAAGCCAGCAGGACCACCGUCUAAGUUUUCCAGGAAGGCACAGGGGCGUUUAGGGUCACGUAACAAGUAUGUUGAUGUACUGAAUCCAAACAAAGGUUCCCAGCCAGGCUCACAAGCCGUGCCAUCGGCCUUGUUCCCGGUCAUGCCGACUGGCGGUAGUUCCUUUCAAGGAACUUUUUUCGUUCCUUCUGCAGCACCAGCAGAUAACGAUGCUGAUAAUUCUUUAUCACAACCUCCAACAGACAUACAAUCAGGACAAGACAAUCAACAACCCCCAUCACCUACACAUUCGCGUUCAAGCUCAUUAGGCUCACAGAGUACAGUAUCACUCGCUUCAGCUGAGGUUCGGAGCUAUUUUGAGGGUCAGGAACAAGAGGGARAGCAGUUUCAAGGAGCACCACCUUUACAACCAACAUUUUUUGAUCCCUCAAAUUUCCAGCCUCAACCUCAAAGCCCCUCCAUGGUUCGCCGAGGACGAGGUCGAUACCCAGGAGGGUAUAAUAAAUAAUAAAAUAAAAUAAUAUUAAAAUAAUAAUAAUAAUAGAGAAUUAUGGACCGGUAUGACAGGAUGAAAUAUUUACUCAGUUUUUAACUCAUCACACCUUCAUUUUUGAAACUUUUCAAGAAAGAAAAAUAAAUUGUUGAAUAUCAAGAAAAUUAUAAGGAUUCUACCCUUGCUCUAUUUAUUUUGUUGGACUCAAAAUGUGAAAUGAAAAAUAAAGAUAUUUCC